AUGCCAUCCGAGAACGGGCAGAGUGGUGCCCCGCUCCAGCCAGGUGACAUUGUCAGAGCUCAGUCUGGACUAGACAAUCGAGCUCCCCCCGAAAGUCUCUACGCAGCUAGCAAACUAGUACAACGAAACAUCACGAGAAGUCGUCAGCACUCAGAGCCACCUCUGAACCGCAACCUAUUUCCCCCAACACCACCGCCAGAUGCCGACAAAAGUAGCGUCGGCAGCCCUCCUAGUAGUUCUGGGAUGAACGGUCGACCGGGCUCCAUCCGUGCGGCCCGUCCGCCUCGCCUCGACUUGGACCGACCGGGUGCCCACCCUCCCGGAUGCAGAGUUGAUACAACACCGGAGAAGCCACGAAUCGGGACGACGCGCACAGCAUCGGAGCCGCGGGGGCCACCCCAGCUACACCACCGCUCAUCUCAAGGCGAAUUCACAGUCUACCGAGAAAUGGGGCAUCGACGGGGAGCGAGUGACGCAGGCUUCCCAGCCCCAUCGAAGAAGAUGUAUGGAGAAGAAGUGUACAGCGGGUACUCUCGCCCGACCGUGGUCGUCAAUGGAGGCCGGAGAGCCAUGCCCCGUCAGCGGGAGCGGUACAUUGAUGAAGAAGAAGAGUAUGCCAGCGAAGCAGAGGAAGGCGGGGCAGACGGUGACUUCGAAAUUGUCGAAUCACGACGCCGAACACGGUCACCGAACCGAGGGUCAAGAAGAGCCAACUCGCGCCGGCCAGAGGUACGCAGGUUUCGGGUCAAGGUACAUGCCGUGGAGGACACACGGUACAUCAUUAUCGGGCCGACGAUCGGCUUUAGCGAGUUCGAAAUGAAGAUCCGGGAUAAAUUUGGGUUCCGCGGGCUAUUGAAGAUCCGUAUGCAGGACGAAGGGGAUAUGAUCACGAUGGUGGAUCAAGAAGAUCUGGAUCUUCUGUUCAGUUCUGCCCGUGAAACUGCAAUAAGGGAAGGGAGUGAAAUGGGGAAGAUGGAGAUAUGGGUUGAAGAGCGAUCUAUGAUUUGA